CGCACGCAAGUUUCAGAUGAACGGAACGCCCCCGUACCGCAUCUCUAUCAAUUUUGACAUCGACUUAACUUGGGAGUACAUGUCUACAUGAGAUGCUAUACGGGCGAAUACAACUGUAAUAUACCUUGACAUUGGAAAUUAAACUUUAAUGUGCCGAAUAUGCGUUCAUAGGCUUCACGCAAUACCAAAUAAUGAGCGAGGAUAUCAUUCAGUAAUCUAUCUGAAAAUGAAUCUAAUUAUUCGUAUGUUUAUACUUUUCAUCGCUUCACCGGUCGAUUCAACUGAUAACAUCGACGUUUGCCCAACUUUUUGCGACUGCAGCAAAUGGGACAGUACGAAAACAGUGUCAUGCUUCGAAAUUGACGUCCUACCUGCAUUCCAUCCCAGCACUAAAGAGCUGUGGCUUGUGGAGACAAGACUGACCUCCAUAUCUCAGGAUGCCUUCGCCAACUUGAUCAACAUCUCUCACAUUUACAUAUCAGAUGAUGAAAGUCUGAGGAGUCUGGAGAGACAUUCUUUUCACAAGCUGCCAAAGGCUAUCCACAUAGAGAUAAGGGGUAUCAGAAGCCUGUCUUACAUUGACCCAGAGGCAUUCAAGGACCUAACAAACUUAAAGUACCUGGGUAUCUUCAACACCGGCCUGCCCUCCUUCCCUGCUCUGGGACAGAUCCGUUCCAGCCAGGACGACUUCAUCUUGGAAAUUGUGGAUAACCUCUUCAUCAGAGAAAUUCCGGCCAACUCAUUCAAUGGGAUCUCAGAGAAUGAAAUCACCCUGAUGCUGAACAGCAACGGUCUGACGGACAUCCAACCCUACGCCUUCAAUGGAACCAGACUGGAGGAAGUUUACCUCUAUAGGAAUGUGGAUCUGGUGCGGUUGGACGAGAGGACAUUUUCUGGCGUGAUCAGCGGACCAACUCUUCUAGACGUUUCCGAAUCAAGAGUGAACUCCUUACCCACAAUGGGUCUGGAGGCUGUUCAGAAACUGAAAGCUAAAAACACUUGGGCCCUCAAGAAACUACCCCCCCUGAGGGCCUUCCAGCAUCUGCAGAGUGCUGAGCUCACCUACCCCAGUCACUGCUGUGGACUGAGCAAAGUGAAGAGGAGGAGAGGACACGUGGAGUCCGUCAUUUGCAACCUGACCAGCUCUACAAGACGACAACAAUCAACUAGGCCCUCUGGAACCCCCUCUGAGCACCAUCAUCCCACCAGAAGCAGCCCCUCCCCCCGAGACCCCCAGCACCAUCAUCCCACCGGAAGCAGCCCCUCCCCCCGAGACCCCCAACACCUCCAUCCCACCAGCAGCAGCCCCUAUGACUACCAGUACUACUACGAUAACUACAGCUGUCCCCCCUCCGGUGAGUGCUUCUACAUAGUGUUCCCUACGGAGGGCCCAGACGAAGGGUUUGACUAUACCCUGUGCGAUGACGACAGGGAGGACCAGGGGGUCCCCUGCACCCCUCUGCCCGAUGCCUUCAACCCCUGUGAGGACGUGAUGAGCCUGGGCUUCCUGCGGGUGUCUGUUUGGCUGGUUAGCUUGCUAGCCGUUCUGGCUAACCUCUUGUUCCUGUUCAUUUUGCUGACCAGCCACUACAAACUGACCAUCACCCGCUUCCUCCUGUGCAACCUGGCCAUGGCAGAUCUCUUCAUGGGUGUGUACCUCUUGCUCAUCGCGUCUGUGGACCUCUACACGCGCUCCCAGUACCACCACUACGCCAUUGACUGGCAGACUGGUGCCGGAUGCCAACUGGCUGGGGUGCUCACAGUGUUCGCCAGCGAGCUGUCGGUCUACACGCUGACCGCCAUUACUCUCCAGCGCUGGCACGCCAUCACCUUCGCCAUGAGGCCCGAGAGGAAAGUGCGACUACGCCACAUAGUUGUGCUAAUGCUAGCCGGAUGGCUGCUCUGCCUGGUGUUAGCCGUGCUACCGCUAGCUGGCAUUAGCAGCUACCAGAGGGUUAGCAUCUGCUUGCCCAUGGACACAGAUUCAACCGCGGCCAUGGUCUACGUGGUCACCCUGCUAAUGCUGAACGUGCUCGCAUUCGUGUUGGUGAGCGUGUGCUACAUACACAUCUACUGCAUGGUGCACAACCCACAGCACCCGUCGAGCCGAGGGGACGCCAGCAUGGCCAAACGCAUGGCCGUGCUUAUCUUCACCAAUUUCCUGUGUCUGGCACCCAUCUCCUUCUAUGGCCUGUCUGCUGUGCUGCACCACCCACUCAUCACCGUCACCGACUCCAAGGUGCUGCUGGUGCUAUUUUACCCGUUGAACUCAUGUGCCAACCCCUUCUUGUACGGUAUCCUGACACGAGCCUUCCACGGGGACGUCCUGAUUCUGCUGAGCCGCUUGGGGCUGUGUCAACGUCAGGCCCAGCUCUUCCGAGGAGCGCAGUUCGACGUGGGCAGCCCCGCUGGGGUCAAGAGGCGCCAAGGGGUCCCCCGUCUUGGAGCCCACAUACCCCAGAUCCUGGAGCUCCGCAAGAGGCAGAGACUGUAAUGACACCAAGGAGCAGGUCAUCGAACUGGAAGGUCCCAACGCGAUGCCGAACACCAGGGAGAAUUACAACCACAGCUGAGAGGCUGGAUUUUGUUGGUUCUCCAGUUGAAUGGUGGUUCCCGCACCUUUCGGACAGACAAAACCAUGUAUCAGGUCCCAAUUAAGGGCUGGAUUCAAUCCAUAUUGCAGAAGUAUCACGGAAGGUCUGCAUUCAAAUGUAAAGGUAAUUUUUGUUUGAGCCGACAUAUGCAGCGUUUAUAGUGAAUGCAGUCUUUGUGAAUGCAGGAACAUUGCCUUUAAAUUUCAAUGUGUAUCUUUCGCAAUACGGAUUGAAUUGAGUCUUGAUCCAUGAUCUAAGCUUGACUGGCCAUUAUGACCAACCAGGAAUUGUAAAUUGAGGAACUGGACAUGGAAUUUAAAUGGCCCUUUUAAUUUAUAUAUUGUGUUGUUUUUAAAUUCGUGUUGUAUAUUGCAUUUCUGAGUUGACUAGAAUGAGAACCAGCUAGAGGUGUGUAGUAGAGAAACAGCUAGAGGUGUGUAGUAGAGAACCAGCUAGAGGUGUGUAGUAGAGAACCAGCUAGAGGUGUGUAGUAGAGAACCAGCUAGAGGUGUGUAGUAGAGAACCAGCUAGAGGUGUGUAGUAGAGAACCAGCUUAGAGGUGUGUAGUAGAGAACCAGCUAGAGGUGUGUAGUAGAGAACCAGCUAGAGGUGUGUAGUAGAGAACCAGCUAGAGGUGUGUAGUAGAGAACCAGCUGGAGGUGUGUAGUAGAGAACCAGCUAGAGGUGUGUAGUAGAGAACCAGCUAGAGGUGUGUAGUAGAGAACCAGCUAGAGGUGUGUAGUAGAGAACCAGCUAGAUGUGUGUAGUAGAGAACCAACUAGACGUGUGUAGUAGAGAACCAGCUAGACGUGUGUAGUAGAGAACCAGCUAGAGGUGAGUAGUAGAGAACCAGCGAGACGUGAGUAGUAGAGAACCAGCUAGACGUGUGUAGUAGAGAAACAGCUAGAGGUGAGUAGUAGAGAACCAGCUAGAGGUGAGUAGUAGAGAACCAGCUAGAGGUGAGUAGUAGAGAACCAGCUAGACAUGUGUAGUAGAGAACCAGCUAGAGGUGAGUAGUAGAGAACCAGCGAGAGGUGUGUAGUAGAGAACCAGCUAGAGGUGAGUAGUAGAGAACCAGCUGGUAUCCUCGGACUGUCUGAGUGUGUUAGAUAUAUUGUUUUUGCAGAGGCUUUACAAGGGCUCUCUUAACACGUGGAAUUUGAAUUGUGUGCCCUCGUAAUUUACAUGGAUGAAAUUGACAGCAAAGCUAUAGGCUUCUGUUGGGCUGAACCUGCGGAGUCCAUGUAUAUGCUUUAGAACGUGUUAAUUAUAGCCCAGGCUUUCUUCA